GGUUCACGGAUGAUCGGAAUUCCUUGUGGCGGGAGACGUGUAUGAACUUGAAGGCCCAGCUGAAGGAGCCGUAUUUGUCGGCCAUGUUCACCUUCCUCACGUCUGAUCCCGAGAAUUUCCAUCUCGUCCUGGAAGAAGGAAUGGCUGUGAAAGACAACGUCGCGUUUGCGUUGACGUUCCUACCGGACGCCAAACUCCACGAAUACGUUUCGCAAGUCACGGAUACUUUAAUGGAUGGUGGUGUUCUGGAUGGUCUCCUGUUGACGGGAUUGGCUGUGAAUUCGUUCCAAACGCAGACUGGCCAGGAGGGGCUUUCUGUGAACGUGAGCGUUGCUGAUACACAAGGGCCGGCUUCGGAUCCGCAACCCGUUCCGGUGUUCAACGGAACAGCCGCAAUUGCUUCCAUUGCGCUGAGUGGUUAUACGACGAGUGUUGCUGUUUCAUCUACUGGGACUGUUCAGAGCGGCGUGGCUUUGUCGUCAAGUGCUGGUGGAUCAAGCAACCCACCAGGUGUGAUGUCUGGAACGAUUGUGGCGGGUUCAGGUGGAUAUUUUUCCAGUGGCCUGAAGUUGCUUCAGAAUUAUAUCGACAGAACGGGUGAUGUGCAGUCGGGUGCUUUGAUGGCACUGCACGCUGCUGCUUUGAGUGACGAACGAGCAAACAAUUGGUUUCAAACUAGCAUCCNGUGUGACGUGGAAGCCACGAAAACCGAUCCGACAAAUAAAAGCAUGCCGCAAGUGUACGUUUGCUGCUCAUUUUGCGGUAAAGGGAUCUCGCCCGGAAUCGCCAAGUCUCGGGAUACGCAACGUGGCAUGUACAUCCGAAUGCAAGGACAGAACCAAGCUGCCAAAUACAAG